AUGAAGAAUUUCGUUGGGAGAAUCUCAGCCAAAAACAUCGGCAUUGAUCAUUGUGAUAAUGAAAUGGCAGACGCUGUUCUUCAAAAAAUGAAAAAUGGCGUCGACGCGAUAAGAAUACAUUGCUCAGGAGACUUCGAUUACAAUUUUGAUGGUAUUCUUGCAAUGUCACAGCUUCAAAGUCUCAGCUACUGGCACAUCGAGAACUACAAACAAACGGAUAACCUUUAUAAAGUUGCACAGAGUUUGAUUGAUCGAAAUUCGAAAAUCGGAUUCACUUUCCACGUUUAUGCCAACAUCGAUGGCUCAGUCGAGGAAUUCUCGAAGUAUUUCGCCGAACGUAUUGUGUCGGAAAGUGAAAAAAGAGUUCGAAUUCGGACCAACAACCCCGAUCGUCACAUUCUUGUGGAACGUGGAUUGGAUGACGUCGUCGGAAUUGAGUAUUACACCGAAUUCUACCGUCUAAUAAGGAUUUCUGCGGAAAAGAGAGAAGCUGAAUACGACGAUAAUUGCAAGGAGUGGAUUUGCAACAUGUCCACAGCGCCUUACGAGUUCACCGAUGAGGACUGUGUUUGGUAG